CUGGGGUUUCCAUAUAAACUAUAGAUUUUUUUAUAGAGCUUGUGGAUGUCUGGUGAAGACGUGCAGCUAAGCUUCCCUGAGCUUAUCCGCAAAAAGAGGGAUGGGGAGCAAUUGAGUGAGGAAGAGCUACAUUUCUUUAUCUGCGCUGUCAAAGAGAGGACCAUUCAGGACUGCCAGAUUGGAGCCAUGCUGAUGGCCAUCUGGCAACAAGGGAUGGUGCCCAAAGAGACCCUGGUGCUGACCAGGGAGAUGAUGCAGUCUGGAGAGCUCCUGCAUUGGCCAGAGGAGUGGCGUGGAAUGGUGGUUGACAAGCACUCAACAGGAGGGGUUGGUGACAAGGUCAGCCUCCCUCUGGCACCAGCACUGGCAGCCUGUGGAUGUAAGAUACCCAUGAUCAGUGGCCGAGGACUAGCUCACACUGGAGGGACACUGGAUAAGCUGGAGUCGGUGCCAGGGUUUAACAUUCAUCAGAGACCUGAACAGAUAAAAAGGAUUUUAGACAAUAUUGGUUGCUGUAUAAUUGGGCAGUCUGAGACCCUGGUACCAGCUGACAAGGUCCUGUAUGCCAUUAGAGAUGCAACCUCAACUGUUGACAGUAUUCCGUUAAUCACAGGUUCAGUCAUUUCAAAGAAAGGAGCCGAGUCGCUUUUCGCUCUGGUUCUGGAUGUGAAGUAUGGAAAGGCUUCUCUUUACAAGGACAUUAAUAGUGCCAGGAAACUGGCAGAGUCACUGGUGACUGUUGGGAACAACCUUGGCAUUUGCACUGGAGCUGUGCUCAGCAGGAUGGAUAAUCCGAUUGGACAGUGCAUUGGGAACUCCCUGGAGGUGAUGGAGGCCAUUGAGUGCCUAAAGGGACGGGGACCGUCUGACCUGAAGGAGCUUGUCAUGGUUCUAGGUGGGUACUUGCUCUGGAUGUGUGGUAAGUCAGAUACCUUGGACUCAGGGAAGAGGCAUAUUGGGAAGACCCUGGACAAUGGAGAAGCAUUAGUGAAAUUUCAAGCCAUGCUGGAGGCACAGGGGGUAGAGCCCGACACAGCUCACUUGCUUUGCUCUGGCGACCAGGAUUACUUCAAGGUCCUCAGACGUGCCCAGAAUCAAGUAGAGCUUGAGGCUGAGAGUGAAGGCACUGUGCUGGAAAUUAAUGGCAUGCUCUUAGCUGAAGUUUUAAAUGUGCUGGGAGCAGGUCGCACGCAAGUUGGAGCCCAAAUCAACCACAGCAUUGGAGCUGAACUGUUAGUUACAGUGGGGCGACAGGUGAAUAAAGGUGAUCCCUGGAUCAGAAUUCACUUUGAGACUCCGGCCCUGACACAGGAUCAGAAAGUUUGCCUGCAGGGGGCUCUUGUCAUUGGGAGCAGCAGUGAAGUCAAUGACAGCCCACUGGUGUCAGAGUUCAUUCUACCCAAGUGAAGCACUGCAGCAUUCUAAGAGGCUAAUACAGAACAACACACAAGGUGCUUGCAAGUGGAUAAAAACGACUCCAUACGCUGGUACUAUCAAUUAUUUUAAUCACAUAGAAAUACUGAGUUUAAGCCUUUAAUUGCUUUUUGCAAAGAAAAGAAAGGCUGACUCAUACCAACACAACAAAGUAACAGGUAGAUUUUCCUUACAGCCACACAUAUGUAACAUGUUCUAUUUAACCAUAUAAUGCCCAUUUCUGCAUCACAUCUGAUACAAUGCUCAGCUACCCUUCCAUAUCAUUAUGUUAAAUCCCACCUUACAAGCCAGAAUCUUUCAUAUACAGUACUUUGUGUUGUGAAGAUGAUGUGUUUUCUACAAGACACGGAAUGUAGUUACAUAAAUAAAGCAGCUUUUCUCAUUUCGGUAGUAAAUCUAGAGUAACAUCUAUUGGGAUUUUUUUUUUUUGGCUGAAAAGUUAACCCAGCAACACAACAACCGACAACACAAAGUUCACUACUAGCCAGUGUAAGUUAGUAUUGUGUCUAACAGCAAAGACAUCUCUUGUUUUUUAAUAGAAGGUAUUGAUUAUGAGCAUGUUAACUCUACUAGUUUUUGUGUUUACAUCUUGUGAGAGAAUUAUAUUUUGUAUCAGAAUGUUGUAUGGAGAAGAUUAGGCUUGUGGUGCUUUGUAUAGCCAUAUCCCUGACAGCUCCAUUGCCAACCAAAAUUUACAGCUGAAAAUUGUGGUGGGAAAAUUACAAUGUUGCUACUGCUAUGAUUGUUUAGGGUUUCCAUGCUCAGGUUUAAAUGCUAUUGCUGG